GCUUAUAUACUAUCUCUAUGGUUUUGUAUUUUUUAUUUUGAUUUUUGUAUUUUUGCAAUUUGGGUACCUACAAAUUAUAUCUAUAGUAGAAAAUGUUUGGUGCUACGUAGUAAAUGAACAUAAUUAAAUGAUUUAAUAAUUCGAUUUGCAAAAAUGAGGCUGUUACCUUUUCUUAAAUUAUUUUUAUUGGUGUUUGUCUCCUUAACUGUUUUUUAUAUUUACUCUGUAAAUAACCGCAAAUACAUUUCCAGCAAUGUGAAAAAUGUGCCUAAGUUUACAAAAAGCCUGGAUAAGGAAUACAUUGAUAGAAUUGUGAUAUGUUUUGUUGUCUGUGAAACCAGAUUUAACGAGUCUCUGAAUGUGAUUAAAUCUGUAUUACUUUUCACAAAAACACCUCUGUAUUUUGUUAUAUUUACUGAUGGAACGUUAAGGUUACAGUUCAAUGAGACACUGACAAAAUGGAAGCUUCUUUUGCAUAAUCAAUUAGAUUUUGAAUUGCAAAAGAUUAAAUUUCCUGAAGAUCAUGAGGAAGAUUGGUUGAAUUUGUUUAGUAAAUGUGCUGCUCAGCGUUUGUUUAUUCCAAAAUUAAUUUCUCAUAUAGAUGCUAUGAUAUAUGUGGAUACGGAUACACUUUUCCUAGGCCCAGUGGAAGAGCUCUGGCAGGCUUUUACAAAGAUGAACAGAUCACAAAUGUCAGCCAUGACUCUCGAAGAUGACAAUCCUAAUGUUUCUUGGUAUCCCCGCUUUGCUAAACAUCCAUUUUAUGGAAAAUAUGGGUUAAACUCAGGUGUGAUGCUUAUGAAUUUAACUAGAAUGAGAGAUUUUGGAUGGGUUGACUAUGUUACACCCAUUAUGUUAAAAUGGAAACUAUACAUUCCUUGGGGAGACCAGGAUAUAAUAAACGUGAUAUUCCAUUACCACCCCGGUGCGGUUUACGUGCUGUCGUGCCGCUACAACUACCGCUCCGACCAGUGCAUGUACGGCGACGCGUGCGCCGACGCCACGCGCCGCGGCGUGCUCGCGCUGCACGGCAGCCGCGGUGCCUUCCACAGCCACAAGCAACCCGCCUUCCAGGCAAUUUAUAACGCCAUCAACGAGUACGAAAUUGGUACAGAUCCUAUGGCAGUGUUGACUAAAAUGGAAAAAUACCUCACUGAAGCGCCACCAUCGCUCUGUGGAAACUUAAAGGAAGCGUUCCUUAAGGUACCACAGGAAGUACUCGCACAAAAUUAUACUAGACCAGAUAGAUAGCAUCUAUAUACUAAGAGAUUUGAACUUAACGCUACAGUAUGUACGAGUAGGUAUGUAAGUAUAAGUAAAUACAGAUAAGUAUUAUUUUGUAAUUUAUUUCAACAGCCAUAAUGUUGUAUUACAAACAGAACCGAAACAAUUUUAUUUACAUUAUUACAAUAAGUCCACAACAAAUGUACCAAAUAUUAGUUUUAAAAUAAAAGUUAUUUAAAAAAGCAAAACCAACCAGAUCUUGUCAAAGAUUCUGAACACAAAUAGAUAUUCUGUGAUGGUAAAUUAUAUUAAUUAUACUCU